UUCUAAAAUUCAAUAUAUAAAAAUAGUUCUGAUUUUUAAAUGUGAAUUAAUAAAGCAAUUUAUAUUUAGAUAAUAAGAACGUUUGUGAUAAAAUUAAUCAGAAUGGCUCACAGUUCUCAAACAUAUGGGUCCACGGAUCAACGGACAGAUGUACCUGAUGUAGGAUUUAGUCCUACUGAACUUUAUAGUCUCAGUGAAAAUAUUACCACUAACAUUUAUACAAUUAAUUCAAGUUGGAGGAUACUUGAGCAUGCAAACAAAAAUAUUGGAACCAAUAAAGAUAAUCAGAGUCUAAGAGAUAGGGUGCAUGUAACACAGUUAAGCACAAAUCAAGUAGUAACUCGAACAAGCAAGGACAUUGCAAGACUGACAGUGUUAAUGAAGAAGGGAGAUAAGCAACAGAAGUUGCAAAUUGAAAAACUCACCAAUGAUUUCAGAGAUGCUUUGCAAAGAUAUUCAGAUAUGCAGAAGUCAAUUGCGGAAAAAAUGAAGAGACCUAUUUUACUUACAAGUAGUAUAGAAAAUUCUAUGGAUAUAGAGGAAGAAGAACAACAACUUCUACAUGAAAUUACAGAGAAAGCGAUACAAAGGGAUCUUGAAUUUGAACACAGCUUAGAGAUAGGGAGGAGUGAUAAGAUAAAACAGAUCGAAGAAAAUAUUUUGGAUGUGAACGAAAUAAUGCGAGAGCUUGUAACAUUAGUGUAUCAGCAAGGUGAAGCAGUCAACGUGUCAGAAAACAAUAUAGAAAAUGUACACGCGAAUGUUGAAUUGGGAAGACAAGAAUUAAUUAAGGCAAGUAAUUACGAAAGUAAAUAUCGACGAAAAAUUUAUAUCCUAUUGUUACUCGCGAUCAUAGUCGUUGUUAUAUUAAUUAUUGUUCUAGUCACUAAAUUAAGUUAGCGCUCCUGAUCGCCAUAGGUAUUGUGAGCAGGUGAAAAAGGUUGUCUCAAUUUAUCUUACAGAUCGUAGAACUAAUAUCAUAAAAAAUUAUAAGUUGCCAGUUUGUAUAUUGGACAUGCAAUA